UGUUUCAUUACGUUGAGAAUCCUGUCCUGGCUGGUUGGAAACUUGUAAUGGAAUUUGAUUCGAAUGUCUAUAAUGUUGCUCUCGCAGCCCUUUUGACUUCAAUCAUAGUCUCAGUCCCCAUAGCGCUUGCCGUUGCUCUUCGGCUACGUUCCGCUCUACCCCAAUAUCGUCCAAGUAAAAAGUUAUUGAGGGACACAUCUGUGACGCUCCCCAACGAAGUAACUUCAACAUCGUCAUCAUCAUCAUUUUCAUUGUCCAGUGAUAAGAAAGUGAUUAUCAACACCAGAGGGAAUACUCUCAAUGCCAUUAAGGAAAACUCGUUCGUAGCUCAUACUCACAGAUGCACGACAACCAUUUUUCUUGGCUCUGGAGGACACACUGCUGAGAUGUUACAGCUAAUAUCUGGACUGGAUAUCAGCAAAUACUCACCUAGACACUAUGUAGUUGGCAUUGAUGAUCAUGCUAGUGUCGAAAAGGUUCAUCGAUUCGAAUCUUCGCGUCACCAGAGAGAUGUUACUACUCUGUUCAAAAGCCUUACCACAGCUCAUCAAAGACAAAUUGCUGAAGAUGCUGGUCAUUUAAAUGGAUACACUAUUCAUCGCAUCCCCCGUAGUCGACACGUACACCAGUCCUUAUUAACAACACCAUUGACUCUGGUCAAGUCAUUAAUAGUAGCCAUACCAUUGAUCAAGCAUCUCACCUUUUUGUCAAUACAGAAAAUCAACCAUCAUUGUGCAUCAGUACCGUCUCAGCCAUCAGAACAAACUAGUCUAGAGCGUUCAUCAUUAUCAUCAUCAUCAUCACCAUCGCAGGAUCUACAGUGUUCAGGACGUCGGAGUAUUUUGCUCAUGAAUGGCCCUGGGACAUGCUUAGCUCUGGCCCUAGCUGUCAUUGGCGCAAGAAUGAUAGGUAUUUCUGAUGAGUUGACGCCUGAUCUGGUGUUUGUCGAGAGUUUUGCGAGAGUUCAGACGCUCAGCCUCGCUGGCAAGCUCCUUUAUCCGCUGUCUGAUGUUUUUCUAGUACAAUGGCCAAAACUCAAAGAGCGAUAUCCUCGGUCCCACUAUAUCGGUACACUUGUAUAACUAUUCCUCUUUUGGUGACAUCCAUUACAGCAGUCACUAUUUUUUGUUCUCAAAAAAAAAAAAAAAAAAAAAAAAAA